UUUAGGUUUAGAAAUACAAAAUGAAAAAUACAUUGAAAAUACCUCUUCUACCUUGUAUAUAAGAUCAAAACAAGAUUUGAAAAAUGCUAAUCUACCCCCAUUAUGCCCGCAGCUCUCACUCAAAACUGUCCAACUAUCCGCCAGCAGUUAGAUAAAACCGUUGAAAACAUCUUUCACCAGCUAAUCCAUCGUUGUCGCACUGUCAGCAAUGAUGAUGAUGAUGACAACAACGAGGACAACCUCUCUAUCCACUCUUCAGCCUCACUGUCUGAUCAGAGCAUCAGCUCCGCUAGUUCUGACAGCACAGGUGAUCAUAG